AUGCACAAGCUGAGGGCCUUUAUAUCUUGGCCAGCGGCCUGCAUCUACGGCGCAAGUGUUGCUGCUUUCUGCGAGUUCGUGCACCUCCCGACCCACGGCGAUGUCACUGACCCGAGUGGCUUUGCUGAUGCCGCCCAGGUCGAGAUAUUGUUGCCACCACCAUUCACUGCUGGCUGCAUCAUCAAGUACGAGCGCGCCAAGAAGGAUGGGCACAGGACCAGGGGACGUCUUUUGCCUCCGCCUCCGCAUGACGAUGCUCUACGGGACUUCCUCUGCCUCCGCCUCCGCACAUCCUUUCACUCACGUCUGGCACGCAGGAGGCCCAUCCUAUCCAACCACCAGCGUCCAGUUAGGCCAUCUCCCGCUAUCGGGGCUUAA